AUGGCUGAAAAAAGUAUACAGGCGGUUUUGUUUGAACUUGGUCUUGGGACUAUUUCCCAAAGAUUUAUUGAACAUAAAAUUAAUUUCGAUCUUGCCAAAAAAUUGUCUGACGAAGAACUCAGUGCUUUGGGUGUUGGAACCAUAGGCGACCGAAUACGCCUGAAAGAAAAACUUAACAGUCAAAACACAGAACUGCCCGUGGCUCAUUCAAUUUCAAGUCCUCAGGCUUCAGGUUCUACUUCAGGCUCCACACCAAGAAGUCUUCUUGAUAGAAUCCGAAGGGAGCGGUCAUUACUGUUUUCUUCUGGUUCGGGGAAAAGUAAUAUAGCCAAAAACCUGCCUAGAAAUCAGAAAAAAAGUAAGGAGAAAACAUGGACGGGAACAUUUAUCUGCAUGGCAGACAAAUCCCAAGGACGGGUACCUUCCGUUUCUGAAAAAGAAGUUUUAAUUAAAGCCCAAUUGGGUUUUAAAAGGAUCCAGUUUUGUCUAGAAGACAAGGAAGAAGAUGUUUUGGCUAAAAUAUCGGAAAAUGAAACUGGGUUUUACCAAUUACAAGGUAUUGGAGGGUUUGAACUAUUAAGAUGCAGACAAAAUUGCAGAGAGUUAGAAUUAGUUGACUGUCCAUGGACAGUCCGUGAUCUGAAGGCCACGCUUGGAAGUCAAGGUAAAAUAUACCUAAGGCCUAUACAAAUAAACUUAAGUACACAGUCAACAGUUCAGAGUACUCAUAUAGAAAAAAGGGAAGCUUGUAAAAGUUGUGGAGACAGCUUCAGUAUACAUGAACUAAGAAAACAUGUAAAACUGUGUCAUGAAAAAGAUCUUUCUAAUGAGUCUGACUCAGAGCUAUAUGAUCCACAUAUUACUGAAACAAAUGUUGAAGAAACUGAUGAAAUCCAAAUUGAAAAGAUACCAGACAAUAUCAUGGAAAAUAUGGAACAAGUUGAGUCAUCUAACAAUAACAGUGGAUCUUCUGUAAACAGAAACAAUGAAACAAUUAUAGAAAGCAUAAUAGUGUCCUCGACAUAUCAAAGCAGUCUUGAUGGAAAGGAAGUUAAUGAUGUUAUUCCUAUUGAUGAUGUCUUUCUCCAAUCUAGAGAUGACAGUUCAUCAGCUAUCAAUGUGGACCCUGUAGAUAACUUGAUGACAGAUGAAUCAAAUAUUAUAACACUUAUUAACAAUUGCCUUAACUACCUUAUAGAAAACAGUAUUAAUGACCCCGUAGACAUCUUGCGCUAUUUACAAAAGAAUAUAGUAACUGGUAGGGAAUUGGAAAUUUCAAGUAUAGAAACACCCACAGAUGGAGACACAAAUUUUAUUUCUGUGAACAGACAAGAGUUAAUUGAAACUGCCUUUGAUGAAGUAGGAGCAUUAACAGACUUACGUCCUACAUUAGAGGUACAGUUUUACGGCGAGAAUGCAGUUGACAGCGGUGGACCCAGGAAAGAAUUUUUUCGGUUAAUCCUUAGAGAAAUUAAAGAGAAAUAUUUCGAGCCCGUUAGACCAUUUGCAAAAAUGGAGGACUAUGAAACCAUAGGAAAGAUUUUAGCUCUUUCAAUGUUACAGAAUGGAAAGAUACCACAGUUUUUGGAUUUUUCUCUUGUUGAUGAGCUGUUUGAAAGUAGCAGUCCAAGUUUGGUAGUUCUGAAUUUAAGAAAAGGACUAGACAGUUUAGGACUUUACAAGAUUGGAAGUUCACUUCCCCAGUUUCGCCACCUUUUUAACACAAAACCACCAAUAUUGACUUUGAAAGGUGCAAUUACAAUGCUGAAACCGAAUUUCAGUGAACCUGGCACCAACAGAAGAAGUUUACAAACUCGAGUUUAUUCAGUGUUCACAAAAUAUCUUCGGGAAGUAUCAAGUGGAAGAAGAGAAAAUAUAUCACUGCAUAGUAUAUUAAUGUUUGCAACUGGAGCUGAUGAAGAACCAAUUCUUGGAUUUGCAGUAGGCCCAGAGAUCUGUUUUUCUGAGAGUGAAACAUAUAAUUCUUUUCUGCCUACUUCAAACACCUGCAUAAAUAGACUUACUUUACCAAUUCCAUCAGCAGAGAAGGAUUUACCAACAAAUGAAAUCUUAUUUCACUUGUACGACUUGGCAUUUGCCAAUACUUAUUAUGGAUUAAGUUGAACAUAUUAUUGUCAACAUUUUGUAUUUGUGAUCUUUCAGUGUAAAUGAUGUGAGUCUGAUUUACUAACAAAUGAAAUCUUAUUCCACUUGUACGACUUGGCAUUUGCCAAUACUUAUUAUGGAUCAAGUUGAACAUAUUAUUGUCAACAUUUUGUAUUUGUGAUCAUUCAGUGUAAAUGAUGUGAGUCUGAUUUACUAACAAAUGAAAUCUUAUUUCACUUGUACGACUUGGCAUUUGCCAAUACUUAUUAUGGAUUAAGUUGAACAUAUUAUUGUCAACAUUUUGUAUUUGUGAUCUUUCAGUGUAAAUAAUGUUAGUUUGAUUUACUAACAAAUGAAAUCUUAUUCCACUUGUACAACUUGGCAUUUGCCAAUACUUAUUAUGGAUUAAGUUGAACAUAUUAUUGUCAACAUUUUGUAUUUGUGAUCUUAAUCAGUGUAAAUGAUGUGAGUCUGAUUUACCAACAAAUGAAAUCUUAUUCCACUUGUACGACUUGGCAUUUGCCAAUACUUAUUAUGGAUUAAGUUGAACAUAUUAUUGUCAACAUUUUGUAUUUGUGAUCAUUCAGUGUAAAUGAUGUGAGUCUGAUUUACCAACAAAUGAAAUCUUAUUCCACUUGUACGACUUGGCAUUUGCCAAUACUUAUUAUGGAUUAAGUUGAACAUAUUAUUGUCAACAUUUUGUAUU